AUGUCCGGUCUUUUCAAAAGUGCGCAGGGGAAGUACGCGCUCCAAGAAAAGCACGGGUUCGACGCUCCUACUAUCGGGAUCCUCGCGGUAUCAGAUACGAUCACAUUCUUUUCGCUCAUCGUGGGAAUCAUGCACCUGGGGCUCAUUCCCUUCCCCAUCUCGACCCGCAAUUCCGCGACCGCUGUGGCGCACCUGGUCAAGAAGACCGGUAUUCUCCAGCUGAUCGUUAGCUCCGAUGCUGCGACACAGAGGCUCGGCCACCAUGCCAACGAGUUGUUGGCCGAAGACGGAGCUGAAGUGGACAUUGUUCCGAUGCCCCACUUCCCUGAUUUUUAUAAUGACGAGGAAAAUUGUGAAGUGACGAAGAUCAUAGAGCGAGACGUCAACAAUGUAGCGCUGAUCCUGCACUCUUCUGGAUCGACUGCGUUUCCGAAGCCCAUUAGGCUUACCAGCCUUAACCUGAUUCAAGGAGGAACAGCUGCAUACUUCGGAGACGUUGACAUUUGUGGCUCCAACAUUGCUUCGCAUGCCGCACCCAUGUUCCAUGCGAUGGGCGCCUUGAACAUCGCAAUGACCGCGUGUACGGGUGUGUCCAUGGGCUGUUUCAAGCCCGCUUAUCCACCUGUGGUCCCUACGCCUGAAAUACUCCUGGAUGCGAUUGUCGCCACGGGCAGCGCUAUUGCCAUCGCUGUACCCUCUUUUAUCGAGGAAUGGAGUAAAUCUCCUGAGAACAUACCCAAGUUGCGGGCGCUGAAGCUUCUGGGUUAUGCCGGUGGACCGCUGAACAAGGCCGUAGGAGACAGACUAUUCGCAGCGGGCGUUCCUUUGGUCUCUAUAUACGGCGCGACCGAGUUCGCGGUGAUGGACACGUUCCUCCCCGACAAGUCGAAGCACCCAGCCUGGGAUUACUCGAAAAUAUCGCCACACAUCGAGGUUGAAUUGAUUCCCCAGGAAGAUGGGGAUGACCUGUUUGAGCCUGUAGUUCUCGCGGGCCGUCACUUGAAGCCGUUCGUUAUCAACACAACUAUUAAUGGGAGGCCUGGGUAUGCGACGAACGACUUGAUUCAGAAGCACCCCACGUUGCCAGGAUAUUACAGGGUGUACGGCCGUGUAGAUGACCAGAUCAUGUUGUCAACCGGAGAGAAAACUAACCCCACCCCCCUGGAGGCGAUAUUCGUCCACGAUCCUCACAUCAAAGUUGUGCUCAUGUUUGGAAGAGGCCGUUUCCAGAACGGCGUGCUCAUCCAACCCACCGAGCCGUUUGACUCCGACGACGAGGAGAAGUUGGUCGAAUUUCGCAACAAGAUAUGGCCGACCGUGGAGAAGGUCAACGACUUUGCGCCGUCCCACUCGAAGGUCUUUAAGGAGAUGAUCAUCGUGACCAAGCCCUCGAAGCCCUUCCAGUUCACCGCGAAGGGAACCAUUCGUCGCCAGGAGUGCAUCAACGCAUACGCCGACGAAAUAGAGGCCGUCUACCAAGCGGUGCAGGACUCGUCCGAGGUCGAAGUUCCCAUACCCGUUUCGUGGUCCAGCGCCACCACACUGGAGUUCAUCCGAGGGCUGGUGGAGCGGGUGACAGAGAUGAAGUUGGCCGACGACGACGACUUAUUCCAGCAAGGAUGUGACAGUUUGCAGGCGACGUGGAUACGCAACACGAUCAUUCACGCCAUCCGGACGUCGACGACCGCCUCGAUCCACGAUAUCCCCCACAACCUGGUCUACAUGCACCCCAGCAUCCGCAGCCUCAGCGACUUCGUCUUCCACAUGGCCUCGACGGGUAAGAAGGCCAGCAUCGUAUCCCAGGUGGAGAUGAAGGCGAAGGAGAUGCACGACUUGGUGAAGAAGUACGCCGCCACCAUCUCGUUCGCCAAGCGUUUCUACGGGAAGGACUUGGCCGUCGGGGAGGCGCAGACCUUCUUGGUGACAGGCACCACCGGUCGCCUGGGGUGCCAUCUGCUCUCCCAGCUCCUGCAGAGGCCAGACGUCGUCAAGGUGUAUGCGCUGAACAGGGACUCCCAGGGUUCGGACGCUGCCCUGAGGGCACGGCAGCAGGAGGCCUUCCAGACUUGGGGUCUUGACGUCGGUCUGCUCGACUCCAAGAAACUCACGUUGAUCGCGAGCGAGCUGCCGAAACAGUAUCUAGGUCUGAGCAAGGAGAGAUAUGACGAGAUUCGCGACUCCGUGACGGCAGUCGUCCACAAUGCCUGGCGGGUGGACUUCAACCUCUCCCUGUCGUCCUUCGAGCCCCUGAUCGCCGGCGUCCGCAACCUGAUCAAUCUCUCCGCCGGGUCUCCAAGCUCCGCGGGCCCGCGCAUCCUCUUCGUCAGCUCCAUGGGCGUCCUCCGCAACCCCACAUCCCUGCCCGUGCCCGAAGAGCCGAUUCUGGACCCCAAGGUGGCGAUGGGCGCGGGGUACGGCGAGAGCAAGUGGGUCGCAGAGCAGCUCUUCGCGUACGCCGCGCGCGAAGGCGGGCUCCGCACGACUUCGGUGCACGUCGGGCAGAUCUGCGGCGACACGCGCACCGGCGGGUGGAACACGAAAGAGUGGGUCGGCGCCCUCGUGAGCGCCGCGCAGGCGCUGGGCUGCAUGCCCUCGCAGGACGAUAUCGUCGCGUGGGUACCCGUGGACACCACCGCCUCCGCGCUCCUCGACAUGGUCGCCUCCGCGACCGUCGAGCCCGUGCUGAACCUGGUGCACCCGCGCCCCGUGCCGUGGGACUCGCUCUUCGCGCCGGCCGCCGCGCGCCUCGGCGUGCCGCUCGUCCCGUACGCGGAGUGGCUCGCGAAGCUCGAGGCCGCGGCCGCGGCGAAGACGGCGGGCAAGAGCGCGAGCGCGCGGGAGGUGCAGCAGCACGACACCGCCGUGACGCUCCUCGAGUUCUUCCGCGCGGGCGAGUUCGACGGGCACAUGCGGCUGAGCACGGAGAAGGCCGAGCGCUGCUCGGCGACGCUGGCGCAGUUCCGGCAGCUGGACAAGGAGGAUAUGCUGAAGACGCUCGAGUACUGGGGCAAGGCGGGUAUUCUGAAGUUGUGA